AUGGCGUCUUCCUCGGCCUCUGUCAUUUGCCCGAUACCUCCAUUACCAAAUAAGCGUGGGCAGGGAGCGAUCGGUGCGGAUCUCAUCAUCACCUACCAUUCCGACCUAGCCCAGUGCGAAAUCCUCCCAGCUGGCUCACGCUAUACGAAUGCAGGGAACUUCAAGGCUGGGACCUUCCUGCCCUUUAUCCAGCCUGCAUUCAUUCUCGACCUCUAUCCGCGCCUCCUCAAUGGAUGGGAGACAGAAGAAACUCAAUCUGUGCAGGUUGCGCUGGCACUGCCGCGCGAUGGCGGCUUAACUCCUAUUGUCCCUCGACUCCUUGGUGAUAGCGACGAAGGUGCCCCCUGGCCAAGCUCUCCAGCACAUGUAUCCCUUGCCGGUCCUGUCGAUUUAGACACCUUCCACAUCAAGGAGGAUGUAUGGCCAGAGCCGCUGAGCAAGACUUCGGUUUUCAUAAAGCUGGGUUCUUACUUGAUGCCAGAGAGCGACCGCCCUCCUCACAAAGGCGUACACGUAUGCCACGUCCUCCUCCUCUUCCCCGUAGAGCGACAACCAUGGAGUUCUCUACUCGGGUGGAUGCGACAAGCCGCGAACCCCUUUCCUAAAGGGUCGUGGAUUGUAUGCAGCGGUCGCAUCUUAGGGGUCCUUAACCGCGAGCUUAUUCAAGGCCCUCAACUCAUCGAUUCCACCGUCCGGAUCUUGGUAAUUCUCCCCGACGAUUGGGAAUUCGUUCGGCAGAGUGCCCUGUCUACACACAAUACAUCCAUGCCCACAUCGUCGAAUCCUGUCAAUGAGCCGCCUACGCCGCCACGACCAGCUGGCCCUGGGGGCGUUACGAGCAGAAACCCAUUCUCGUCUCCAAUCCGUGGUCAAAAGCAGUCUCCGCAAAGGAAAGCUGCUUCACUGCCAUCAAAGCAGUCAGAUCGCGAGGCGACCAAACCGCCAGCCUGCCCUGGAGAAAAACAUACACCACUGAAUCCAACCACAGCUGACGUCGAUCCAGUGCUUCCAAUUCCAAGUUCGGAUAGCGAUCGUACGGACGAUGGUUCAGACACAGAGCAGUUGUUGGACGAUCAACUCGCUCCUACGACCCCCACUCCAAUACGUAAGAGGAAGAAACAAAGUACCCCUGAGCUAAUUAGAAGCAAGAGAACUAGACCAGGAAAAAGGAGGGCAUAA